AUCAUGGGAAAUUAUUGGAAAUGUUAUUUCUUGUUUAUUCUAAUUGCAAACCACACACAUCCAUUCGGAAGCACACGUAGACAUUUAAUACUGGAAGACUGUCAUUUCGUUUAUUUGAUGUUGCUUAGCAACGGGGACAGACUUCAGAGCAAAGAUUCUAGAACAGAGCUUCAGAGAGACACGUUUUGAGUUCGUGGCCAAGUACCUAAAAUAUCGGUUUCCAUGUGUAGGCUAUGUGCUGGAUGGUGUGCUUCCUUUAUGAAAGAUGAUUAUAUCAGCCCUCCUGAUCAGCCCUCCAGAUCAGCCCCCCAGUUCAGCCAUCCAGAUCAGCUCAGACUCAGACCCCCAGAACAGCACUACAGAAAGUUAUUGCCCUGUGCCUUCUACCUCAACAAACCAACCGUCUACUAAUUACAACAACUACCUUUCAGUAGUGGCUGCACUGUCUGAUGUAUCAACUGAUGAGGAGGAACUGAACCAUGCAAUAUUUGCAAGCCUGCAGAGUGAAAGUAGAUCCACUGGAUGUCCUCCAGCAGUGAAAGACAUUCUGGAAGAGCUUGCUUCAAAAAUCAACUUCAAAAUGAAGUCGAAGUUCAACAUUAGCAGAUCAAAUGUGCUUGAUGGAGCCAUAAGAGGAUUCAAAAGGGGGUCAUAUGAUCCACAUUAUAACAUCAUGGUCAGAUUUUCUGACGAUAUGGGUUUCCCUGAGGAAGCUAUUGAUUUGGGAGGACCAAAAAGAGAGUUUUUGAGGCUUCUAAUGGAUGCUUUGUCACAAUCAUCUAUGUUUGAGGGGGAGGAAGGCAAAACAGAUUUGGCCCUUGACAGUAUUGCCAUGAGGGAGGACCGGUAUUUUAUUGCCGGGAGGGCCAUUGCAGUUAGCCUCGUCCACGGCGGUCCUCCUGCAUGCUUUCUGUCCCCAACUCUCUUUACGCGCCCCGUGAAUGGACCUGACUUCGCCAAGCCGAUUUUGGAAGAUAUUGCUGAUGGGGACCUGCGAGAAAAAAUUAAGAUGAUUGCAGAGAGUAAAACCAUUGAGGACAUCCGAGCAGCUACCAUUCCACUAGAGGAAUAUUUGGCCAGUGCUGGUUGCUUGAGACCACUGCGAAGGUUGGCAGACAAGGUUGUGCUUGUUGAUGACAUCUUGAUGUUUCAUGUCGUACACAGCUUUGACAGGGAAGUAAGUGUCCUUUUUUUUUUUAACAGGUUUCAGGAUGGUCUGAGAACCCUUGAGGUGUUGGACAAAAUCCAGGCUUAUCCUGAAAGUUUUCAUCCCCUUCUUUGUUGGGUGCCUUCAACCCUGAACACAAACCUGCUUGACGAGUUUUUCAUCAUUCACCGAUCUGAAGAGGGUCCCAAUAAAUGGACUGCUGAAGAUGCUGUCAUUCCUUUAUGGCGUGACUAUCUAAGUGAUGCAGAAACACAGGGAACUGAAAAACUGGCGUCCAUCCUGAUCUUUGCCACAGGAGCCAGUAGGAUCCCACCACUUGGCUUCUCGCCACGACCCUCAGUUGAAUUUCUGCAUAAAGAGCAUGGCACAGACACAACAUACAAGCUACCCAUUGCAAACACAUGCAUCAAUUGUUUAAAGUUACCUCUACACACAACAUACAAUGAUUUUCAAGAAAACAUUGACUUUGCCUUGGAUAAUACCCAUGGCUUUGGUUUUGCUUACAUCGUGUCAUUAGUGUAUGUCUCCAUGUAAAUGUCAAGUUCACAAUCUAAAUAAUUGAAUCGUAAAAUGUUUUAACAUGCUUUUCUACGUUUGUGUUUAAAUGAGGUGAUAACCUUAUACUGUUACAAAUUGCUUCGUGUUUGCCCAUAGCUUACAUAC